CCGUGCGUUCAUGUCGUUCGUUCAGUCGAGGUUUUGUUUUGUUUAAUUACGCACGCGGACGUUUGAUAUUGAGUACCUAUCAUUAUGGAUAAUUAUAUUCAGAGAGAUAGAAAACGAAAUGAAAGCUCAGGAGAAAGCAGUAAAGAAACAACAGAUAAACGAAAGAAAUAUAGAAAAUAUGACGACCAAUAUUUAGAUUUUGGGUUUACAUACAUUACUAAAGGAAAUGAAGAACUUCCUCAAUGUGUUGUUUGUCAUAAAGUGUUGGCAGCUGAAAGUAUGCUUCCUAAUAAACUAAAACGUCAUUUGGAAACAACUCACAGUCAUUUGCAAGGUAAGCCGAAAGACUUUUUUGUUAGAAAAUUGCGAGACCUGAAACAUCAGUCCACGGCUUUGCUUUCAAGAGCGUCAGUUCCUUCCAAAGCAUUGCUCGCCUCCUACAAGGUAGCUCACCGUGUCGCCAAGUGUAAGAAACCUCACACGAUUGCUGAGGAACUGAUUUUACCUGCUGCGGUUGAUAUGGUGUCAGUGAUGAUUGGAGAAUCGGCGGCUAAAGAAAUAAAAAAUAUACCGCUUUCAAACAAUACUAUUAGCCGCCGUAUUCAUGACAUGGCAGAAGAUAUUAAUGAGCAAAUUGUGGAAAAACUUUCAUGUUCAUUUGCCAUUCAACUGGAUGAGGCGACCGAUAGUAAUGACGAUGCUCAAUUGAUAUGUUACGUGCGGUACAUACAAGAAAUAAAUGUAUGUGAGGAUUUGUUAUUUUGCAGAAAAAUAUAUGAUAGUGGUAAGGCUAUUGAUCUAUUUAAGAUUUUGGAUUCUUACAUGGCCGAAAAUAAUAUUAAAUGGGAGAACUGUGUGGGUGUGUGUACGGAUGGUGCUCGAGCGAUGUCUGGACAGUAUGGAGGACUACAAGCUCUCAUCAAAACCAAGGCUCCAAAUGUAAAAUGGACACAUUGCGUCAUACACAGAGAGGCCUUGGCUGCAAAGAACAUUUCACCUGAAUUAAGUGCUGUGAUGGACAUAGUUAUCAAAGUGGUGAACUACAUUAAAACACGACCUGUGAAAGCAAGGUUUUUUCAUAAGCUUUGUGAAGAAUUGGGUGCCCAGCACACCUCUUUAAUUUAUUAUUGCAACUCUCGCUGGUUGUCCAAAGGCAAUGUACUCGCACGUGUGCACGAACUACGAAAUGAGUUUUACACUUAUCUACAGACCGAAUCACACAAUGAUGCACAAAGUUUUAUUAAUACUGAUUUUCUAAUAAAAUUGGCAUAUCUCUGCGACAUUUUUCAAAAAUUAAAUGAGCUUAAUAAGUCCUUGCAGGGAAACAAUACUCACAUACUGCAACUGGCAGAUAAAAUUACUGGAUUUCGAAAGAAGUUGCUGUUAUGGAAGAGAAAAUUAGAAGAAGGUCAAGUAAAUACUGACUGUUUCCCUGCUUUACAAGGCAUUCUACAUGAAAAAUCGAUAGAGACCCUCGAUCCCUCCAUAAAAAUAAUAUUUACACAGCACUUGUCAUCAUUAAAUGAACAUUUUGCCAAAUAUUUUCCUGAAAAUCUGGAGCAAUAUGACUGGGUUAGGAACCCUUUUCAGUCGACACCACCAUCAACACUUUCCACAGCGGAGGAAGAACAACUGAUUGAACUGUCCUGUGACUCCAGUCUUAAGCUCCAAUACGACAAAGACAAACUGCUCGAAUUCUGGAGCUCAGUUUCUCAUGAAUAUCGUGCCAUCAGCACUGCGGCAUUGAAGGUUCUGCUACCCUUUGCGACAUCGUACUUGUGCGAAACAGGCUUUUCUGCAGUUGCAGUAAUUAAAAAUAAGUACAGAUCGAAAAUUAAUGUCGAGAAAGAAAUGCGAGUAGCUAUUUCCAAUCUUGAGCCCCGUUUUGAAAAGCUAUGCUCAGAAAAGCAAGCACAUCCGUCCCAUUAGUUUCGGCUAUGUUUUUAUUUUGUUAUUAAUAAAAAAAUAUAAAAUGUAUUCGGAGUUUUUUCUGAUAACUUGUUACUUGUCUAGAACUACAACUAGGCAUGGUAGGCAGUUUUCAUCACUGGGGGCGUCGCAAAAAAAUGGCCCAUCCCCAAGGGCGGCACAGCAAAAAAAAGUUUGGGAAGCCCUGCUCUAAAGAACUAUAUUGUUUGUUUUUAAAUUAUUAAAUUACAAAAAAAAAAAAAAAAUUGAAGUAGGAAAUUAUAACAACACAAUAAAUGGUGAUUUUUUAUACCAAAACAAUAUUUUUUGUUUAACUUUGGGACCUAUUUACACCUAGAAAACCAGGUGUCUUACAGUAACUUAUAGCUUAUACUUAGCAUAAACUUUAACUUAAAAUGUAUUUCAAAUAAAAGGGAAAAAAAUUUCAAAAUAACAUUGAAGCUAAAAAAUUGUUUCGAAUUAAUUUGCUAGAGUACAUUAAUUUAAAUUGUUAUCAGUUUGAAUUAAUUUUAUAAUAAUUGGUGUAAAGGCAGGAAUUAAUAAGUUACGAUUGUAUUUUACAAAAAUUAAAAAGAGCUAUUAACAAAUUUAAUAUCUUUAUAUAGAUUGCAGGAAUUGCCACAAACUUAUAAUGCACAGACAUUAUAAAAUAUGCUACAAAUACUAUAAUUAGUAUGAAUACCUAGUUGUGGUACUCUUGCAAUAUUAUAUUAAGAAAACAAAAAAACUUGUGUAUCAAAUAUUCUAAGUAAUAGCAGCUUUAUAAAAUGUCCCAGGAUUAUCAGUUAAUGUCAAAGUAUUUUAGAUCAUAAAUUAGUGGUGUUACAAACCCUAAUUUUUGGAGCUAAACAGAACCUGAACCGAACUUUCAAUUUUUCAGUCAAACCCGAACCAAACAUUAAUUUUAAGGUAAAAUAAUUUUUAUAUCACAAUUUA